GCAAGCAUCUCGUCCCUCGCAGGUGCAAGGUGGCGAUGGACUCGGAGUUCCAGAAGCAGCAGAAAAGGGCCAAGGAGCUUUCUCGAACUCUGCAGCGUAUGGCACAGGAAGCGCAUCACCCGAGACCCGAGAAACGCGAAGAGACGGAGACGGACAGGGAGACGGACAAGGAGACAGACAACGACGCGGAGGAGGACUGGGACAUGGACUCGUACGACGUGGAGGGACCGGAGUCGCCCGCGUCGCCGAAGGGGGAGUCGGAGAUGUCGGAUGGCCCUCCCGAGGACGCGGAGAACGGGGAGGCGGGUGGAGGCAAAGGGGAGGGGGAGGAGGAGGAUGAUGAUGACAUUAUUAAAACUACUGAGAAGCAGUUGAGGGAAACGGUGUUGGAAUAUAUGUGCCAACAGAAUCGCCCUUACAACAUAUCAGACAUCUCUCAAAACCUCCAUCUGGAGCAAGGCAAGGCAGCAUUGCAGAAAGCUUUGGAUCAUCUUGUUCAGGAUAACAAGCUGAAAGAGAAGACAUACAAUAAGCAGAGAAUAUAUGUUGUCAACCAAGAUAUCUUGAAAGACUUGGGGAAAGGAGAUGUUGGAGGAAUUGAUGCAAAGAUCAGUGGUUUGGAUUUGGAAUACAAAGCAGCUUUGGAGGACUUGAAGAAAUAUGAAGUUGAAUUGAAGGCAAUUCACAAGGUCAUUUCCAUAUCAGAGGCCAAAAAGCAGUUGCUUGAGGUCAAAGAAGCUAUUGGGAAGAUGAAAGAAAAUCUGGCAGCAAUGGAAAAGAAGUCAUCAACAGUGACAGCUCCUGUUGUGUCAGAGAAGAAAGAGGACUUGAAAGCAGAUCGGGAGAAGUGUGAGCGAGAAUGGCAGAAGCGGAAACGCCUCUGUCUUGAUGUUCUGGGU